ACGACAAUGGCGAGUGCUCUCCACAUCUCCAACUCCAUGCCAACCUCUCUUUCUCUCUCUCUAUCUCCAUCCACCCACCACGACUAUCGCCGGCCCACCACCGCGGCGUUCAAGUGCCACCGCUUCCCGGCCUCGCCGGCGAUUCGCUUUCCGCUGAAGAGCAGAGACAGAGCACAAAGAGGCCUAAGUGUGGUCACCCGUGCGGGUCCCGGCACCAGCAGCUAUGUCUUAGCCUUCGUUUUGCCCUUCUCUCUCGUCGUCAUCACCGUCUUGACCUCCAUCAGAAUUGCCGACAAGCUCGACAGAGACUUUCUCGAGGAGGUUGCACUUAAUGAAGCUAUCAGAGAAGCAGAUGAGGAAGAAGAAGAAGGAGAUUAUGAGUUUCCUUUAGAGCAACCUACCACUCCGCGAACUCGUAAUCGGCCCAAAAGGGAAGUUUAGACUUCCUUUAGAUUUAGAUAAAUUAGGAAAAAGUGUGGAGAUUUUGGGCUUUUCUUGUAGCACCCCAUUAUGUCCUUGUAUUGUGAUGACAAUCUUAAUGAUAAAUUAGAAUGUUCAUUUGUUGGGAUUCCUCCAAACAUUGUAGCAAAAGUAGAUUGACUGUCUAAUUUGUAUCUGACAUAAAAUGUAUGAGACAGUUACUAUUAGCACAGAGAAAGAGUUCAUCGACUAUUGC